UUGAUUUGUGACGUCAUAACACGACACUGCUUGUAUCUGGAUUUUAAGCAGGUUUUGGUUGUACAGGUCUACGCUCUGAUGACAGACGCCAUCUUGAAAGCAACUGGCAUCGAUCUGCAGCGCUCAAGUGUGACGCCAGAAAUAAUUGAGCGACGCCAAAUACGAGACGCUCAAAAAUUGUAUGAGAAAUGUGCAGAAGCUCGAUCUCCAAGUAAAGAUUACUACCAGCUGAUGGUCACAGAGAAGGGAGUGGUUCUUCGUGUUUGGAAAAUAAGACGACUUAAACAUAAAGCUCCGCCUGGAGAGAUGGUGGCUUCCUGGCAAGACUUUAGACGAGACAUGGAUAUGCAGGAAGAAAUAGAACGUGUAUUUGGGACACAAGUGAAAGAUGACGCAGUACGACUAGCAAGCGGUCACUUAGACUGGCUAUCUCGUCUUCCAACUGAGAUUUUCUUUAAGAUAGCGUCGUUCCUGGAUCUUCCGUCAAUUUCUAAGCUGUCACAAGUCAACAACCAUUUCAGAAUGAUGUGUGGAUUAGAUCGUUUGUGGGAACAGCUGUAUGAGCAGCACUCAGCCGGGCCUCACAACGUUUCCAAGGAAGUGAGAAAAAUUGCGUCUGAAUUUGGCUGGAAAAAGGUUUACUUCACCAACAAGCUUCAGCUCAGAAUGCAAGUUGCUCGCGUGAAACAAAAGAACUCACCAAAGGAUAGAGAGACCGGAAACCAACAUGCAGGCUCUGGAGAAACAUUUCUUACUCAACAGUAAGCAGUAAAAGUGGUAAGUGCGGAGUGCGUGCAUGGUCAGUACUAAACUCAUACACGUAGAAUUGGUAGACUGUAGACAAACUCUAGUGGUCUUUAUGUUGCUGUAUACAUAUCAUGCAAAAUGGUAUUUGCUGAUACUACA